AUGAGUGCAGGCCCCGACCACUCCUACUUCUCCGGCAAUCACUGGUUUGUCUUCUCGGUGUACCUUCUUACAUUCCUGGUGGGGCUCCCCCUCAACCUGCUGGCCCUGGUGGUCUUUGUGGGCAAGCUGCGGCGCCGCCCGGUGGCCGUGGACGUGCUCCUGCUCAACCUGACCGCCUCAGACCUGCUCCUGCUGCUGUUCCUGCCUUUCCGCAUGGUGGAGGCAGCCAAUGGUUUGUACUGGCCCCUGCCCUUCAUCCUCUGCCCGCUCUCCCGAUUCAUCUUCUUCACCACCUUCUAUCUCACCGCCCUCUUCCUGGCAGCUGUGAGCAUUGAGCGCUUCCUGAGUGUGGCCCACCCACUAUGGUACAAGACCCGGCCGAGGCUGGGACAGGCAGGUCUGGUGAGUGUGGCCUGCUGGCUGUUGGCCUCUGCUCACUGCAGCGUGGUCUAUGUCACAGAAUUCUCAGGGGACAUCUCCCACAGCCAGGGCACCAAUGGGACCUGCUACCUGGAGUUCCAGAAGGACCAGCUAGCCAUCCUCCUGCCCGUGCGGCUGGAGAUGGCUGUGGUCCUCUUUGCGGUCCCCCUGAUCAUCACCAGCUACUGCUACAGCCACCUGGUAUGGAUCCUCGGCAGAGGGGGCAGCCACCGCCGGCAGAGGAGGGUGGCGGGGUUGGUGGCGGCCACGCUGCUCAACUUCCUUGUCUGCUUUGGGCCCUAUAACGUGUCCCAUGUUGUGGGCUAUAUCUGCGGUGAAAGCCCGGCGUGGAGGAUCUACGUGACGCUUCUCAGCACCCUGAACUCCUGUGUCGACCCCUUUGUCUACUACUUCUCCUCCUCUGGGUUCCAAGCCGACUUUCAUGAGCUGCUGAGGAGGCUGUGUGGGCUCUGGGGCCAGUGGCAGCAGGAGGGCAGCGUGGAGCUGAAGGAGCAGAAGGUAGGGGAGGGGCAGAGAGAGGACCGACCAGCUGAAAGAAAGACCAGUGAACACUCACAGGGCUGUGGAACUGGUGGCCAGGUGGCCUGUGCUGAAAGCUAGGUCCUCCGGGGGAGGAGGGUAUAGCUGGCAC